CUCCAGCCAUUGGUGUCUGUGUCAUUACUAAUAGAGUCUUGUAAACACUCGUUAAUCACGUAAGGCCGCCGACCUGGGGCUCCGCACGCCAGCCUGUGGCGGGUCUUCCCCGCCUCUGCAGCCUAGUGGGAAGGAGGUGGGAGGAAAGAAGGAAGAAAGGGAGGGAGGGAGGGAGGGAGGAGGCAGGCCAGAGGGAGGAACCGCCUCAUAGGCAGAAGCGCCGCGAGGAGCCAGCCGAGCACCGCGGGCUGGGGCGCAGCCACCCGCUGCUCCUCACGCCCCCUCGCCUCUUUCCCCUCGCGCCCCCCGGCAGUCUCCAGCGUCCGUCCCCAGGCAGCAUGGUGAGGUUUGCUGUCGGGCCCUCGCCACCAUGUACGUGAGCUACCUCCUGGAUAAGGACAUGAGCAUGUACCCCAGCUCCGUGCGCCACUCUGGCGGCCUCAACCUGGCCCCGCAGAACUUCGUCAGUCCCCCGCAGUACCCGGACUACGGCGGCUAUCAUGUGGCGGCUGCGGCGGCCGCAGCCGCGAACUUGGAGAGCGCGCAGUCCCCGGGGCCGUCCUGGCCCGCCGCGUACGGCGCUCCGCUCCGAGAGGACUGGAACGGCUACGCGCCGGGAGGUGCGGCAGCCAACGCCGUGGCGCACGGCCUCAACGGGGGCUCUCCGGCCGCAGCCAUGGGCUACAGCAGCCCGGCCGACUACCACCCGCACCACCACCCGCACCACCACCCGCACCACCCGGCCGCCGCGCCUUCCUGUGCCUCGGGGUUGCUGCAGACGCUCAACCCCGGCCCUCCUGGGCCAGCUGCCACCGCCGCCGCCGAGCAGCUGUCCCCCGGCGGCCAGCGGCGGAACCUGUGCGAGUGGAUGCGGAAGCCCGCGCAGCCGUCUCUCGGAAGCCAAGUGAAAACCAGGACGAAAGACAAAUACCGAGUUGUGUACACGGACCACCAGCGGCUGGAGCUGGAGAAGGAAUUUCACUAUAGUCGCUACAUCACUAUCCGGAGGAAGGCGGAGCUGGCCGCCACGCUGGGGCUCUCCGAGAGGCAGGUUAAAAUUUGGUUUCAGAACCGCAGAGCGAAGGAAAGGAAAAUCAACAAGAAGAAGUUGCAGCAGCAGCAGCAGCAGCAGCAACAGCAGCCGCCGCCGCCUGCGCCACAACCUGCCCAGCCACAGCCAGGUCCUCUGAGAAGUGUCCCGGAGCCCCUGAGUCCUGUGUCUUCCCUGCAAGGCUCAGUGCCUGGCUCUGUCCCGGGGGUUCUGGGACCAACUGGGGGGGUGUUAAACCCCACUGUCACCCAGUGACCUACAGUGGCCUGCAGCAGCAGAGCAAUUCCAGGCUGAGCCAUGAGGAGCAUGGACUCUGCUAGAAUCUUCAGGAGAAACCGCUCCCCUCCCAGCCACAAAUGUACACCAACUUACCUAGCUCUCAGAGAAAAAAUGGGGGCCGGGAUAAAGACAAGUGGGGUUGGAGGCCUCAAGGAAGACAUUCUCCCAGAUUUUGACUUUUUCUGGUCUGACUCUUUCUGCCUAUGAGGAGAUGGGAAAUGACCGGGGCUUCUUUGGUACUGGCAGAAGCAUUGCCUAGACUGACUAAACACACCAGGCGUUCAACCCCCUCCUCCCUAGCUCUUUGCCUCCAAAAUCUGCAGGAUGCAUCUCCGGUUGGAGCUGAGGGGAGAGGGACUCAAGGGAACGCCAGUCCUUGGAGCCAAGAUGGCUACUGCCCACUCACUGCGUCGAAGGACCAGCUGGCUCCUCCUGCCUCAAGGGCAGGCAAGAUUUAAACUGCAGAAGCCAGAGGCAGCUAAGAUAGAAAUCUGGACUGGCCAAGGACUGCAGAACCCCCAGAUCUUUGUCUUUCUUCUCUUCCCUUCCCAGACCAGGAAAGGCUUGGCUGGUGUAUGUGCCCUGUAUGGUGUGAGGGGGGUGGUUAUUGGAUUCCAGGCCUGACAAGGGGGCCCGGGACAGGGCCUUGUUUAGAAAGCCUGUCACCAGUGCUUCUCUGGGCUGAAUGUAUGUCAGUGCUAUAAAUGCCAGAGCCAACCUGGACUUCCUGUCAUUUUCUCAAUCUUGGGGCUGAUGAAGAAGGGGAGUUUUUGUUGUUGUUGUUGCUGCUGUUUGGGUUGUUGGUCUGUGUAACAUCCAAGCCAGCAUUUAAAAAGCCUCUGGAUCCAUGGGGAGAGAAGUGGUAUGGUAAAGGGAAGUGGGGAGUAUUUGAACAUAGCUGAAUUUUUUCUAAAAAGAAAAAAAAGAGACAAAUGAGCUUUCCAGAUUUCAGAUUCUGUAUUUAUUGUCUUCAGAUUUUGUCUGGAAUUAUUUUUUUUAAGAAAUGAACUAUCUUC